GCCAGUUGACGGAACAUUUUGCCUUAAAAUUUGGAGAAUUUUUCUUCUUAACUUUACGUGUACAUGGGUUUACAUAAAAGGGUUCAUUUGUUUUUGUUAUGUUUUUGAUUUUUUCGAUUUGCUAGAUUUUUGCAGUUUUUCGGUUUUUGGGUUUUUCUGUUUUUACGAGUUUUCCCAUUUUUGUCAUUUUUCACAAUUUUAACGUGUACGCCAUUUGUGCUGCGAGCGACCAUUUUUCCCACAAUUUAUUAGUUCCCCUCGCUGCUUUAGUCCUUAUAUGUAUGUUACAUAUAUGAGCAUCAGUUUGUAGCGCACGUGCCCGCCCAUUAUAUAUUUACGUAUGACUAUGGGCAUAUCCACCUACAUACAUAUUGUAGCUAGCGAAACGUUGAUAAAUUAGCCCGUAGUUGAACUGAGGAAAAAAAAAAAAAAAAAAAAAAAAGAAAAUUAUUAUCACAAUAUUACACAUUAGUAGACGAACAACUUUAAGAUGAGCCAUUAUCGCUUUUUUGUUCGAGUGUUUCUUUUCUCCUUUUUAUUUUUUAAAGUGCAUAGUUGUCUGCAUGUAACAGAUGGCAGUUCUAUCAUUUUAGAAAACGUGGGAACGUCAUACAAACUUUUUUCCACGGAUAUGAAAUGGGGAAGUGGGUCAGGAAACCAACUAGUGACCGCAAUAAAGACUAACAAGAACGAGGAAAACCUCUUGUGGACAGUUAACAUUUAUGAUGAGGUGAAGAGCUUCACGGGAAACAAAAUAAACUGCGACGAAAUCGUCACGCUGAAGCAUGUCAAGUCGAACGGGUACUUGAUGGGCUCUUCGCACGACUCGAUACUGUCCAACAAUUAUGAGCUAAGUGUCCAUCAGAGCAAAGAGUCGGGGAAAUUUCAAGUCAUUUGUGAAAACAAAAAGAAUAGUCCCUACUGGUCACUGGGCGAAAAUAUUUACCUAAAGAGUGUGGACCACAAUGGAUAUGUCUCCGCGAGCAAAAGCUAUGAAUUUAAUCAGUACAACUGCCACAACUGCCCGAUUUUGUACCACCUGGAGGCGUGCAUUAUGAGGUACACUUACCCGCGCGAUGAGCAGAAGUGGAGGGCCAAAUCGGGCGUCAUCAUAACCCAAUUUAACGACGAACGAGGAGAGAAAUUUAAUGGCGAUGAACUGUGAGCCGCUUUGCACCUCCAUUUCCAUUUCACGUUUAUUAAUUUUUUUUUUU